AAUCAGUUUAUGCGCUGCACUUAUUUGGAACAACUCUUGAACAAGAACACGGUACGUUUAUUGAUAAAAUACUUUAAAGUCGCUCAUAAAUAAAUUCAACAGACAGGAACGCGUUAUGAGAUGCCGGAUAAGACGCCCGAGGGCAGAUGAUGAAUUCCACUCAAAAGGCCAUAUACUCGGAGUCUAUGUUGACAAGAGGAAUGUAACAUAUCAAAGAAUGUAUGUUGUGUUUAUGCUUGUCCAUUAACAAAGUCACCAGUACAUGCUAGUGGUGCAGUAUGGCCGCUAACACACACCUGAUCGGCGACAAAGAGACCAAUAAUUGGUUCAAAGCGUGCAUAGGACUCAAUGUUACGAAGGAAGGACUCACUAACUUUCUUUGCGCUGAAUUACAGAAAGUACACACCGUUGUUGGUAGAAGUUGUGGAAACUGCCCAAUUGAAAACCUCAUACAAUGUCCUACAAACCCAUAUUGUAACAAGAGGAAACGGAAUUAUUGUCCUUUUCACAAAUCACAGAAACCGCAGCCAUGCCCAAUAUGUGAUAAUGUAAAACAUAAUAUCAUAUCACACCACAGAUAUGGUGGACCUUCCUGGAGGAACACUCGUGCGGAAAAGUGGACAUUAAAUUAUUGGGAAAUAGGCAAAUGCUACCUCCCUCCGGACGGAUAUAGCAGCAUUUCCUCUGUCCAGGAAUCGGACUUUAAUGGUGUGAUAAGCAUCAUGUUGAAUUGCCUACAUUUCCAGACAUGUCUCUCCCCCUUAUGUUUAUCACCUCCACCGCCUGAUAAGCAAUGUCCACUAGAAAAGGUCCGUCAGAUUGGCCGAGAUGUGCGACACACAUCCGACUGCAAGGUUACAGAUGCUGACUUGCAGGACUAUUUCAAGACACUGUCCACGCUCCUGGCUGACCCACUAUACUUACAACAUGAUCCUUCAGCCAUCAUAGCAUGUACAAGACUUAGUGAUUUGCAGAAUGAUCGUAUGUCCUUUGAAGAACUGGGCAAGCUGUUGAAAGAGGUCAAUCAAACGCUCGAAGAAGCAAAAAAGACCGGCAAACGUUUUUCUGAGAUGGCGGAAAGGACCUUGUCAAAACAUCUGCAGAAAUUGGAUGCUACUAAUCAGUUGGGGCUGAUACGCCUUAAAAAGAAGACAACAGUUGGGGAACAACGCCUUCAUAGCAAGACGAAAGUUGGGGAACAUCGCCUUGAAAGAAAGACACAAUUUGGGGCACAGAGAAUUGAAAGCAGGACUCAGUAUGGGGAACAACGCAUCGAAAAAAAGACAAACGAUGCGGAUCAAUGUAUUGAUAGCAAGGUACAUGAUGGAACACAACGCAUCGAAAUCAGUGUACAGCAUGGCAUUGAGCGCAUGCAACAGGCAGCAAACAAAACUGCACAAGCAGACUACGAACGAGACGUAGCAGAUUUUCGCCGUCGUUUGGUGGAACAUUACAAUGACACUUCGAGCAAUGUGCCUCUUUCAGUAUUGGAUCAGAGUCUUGAUAAACGUAUAACCGAUAUAUAUGCAACGCCGAAAAUGCACCGGUUUGAUAUAGCAAGUGAUGGGAAACGUGUUAAAAAGGAGCAAGUACUGACAUACAAGGAACUCUUUUACACAGACGACACAAAGUCAAAUCGACGUGUUUACGUACAAGGCGAGCCCGGCAGCGGCAAGUCAACGUUUGCAGCCAAGUUAGUUCAUGAUUGGUGCGACGAAAAUCGGCCUUCAACGGCAGCUCCCAACAAAAAUGCAUCGUUUGAUGACGUGUUAGUCAUUCAAAAUUUCCCGUUCAUUUUGUUCCUCUCGUUGGGAGAAUCAAGAGGUCAGACCGAAGUAACGCAUAUGAUAAAGAAACAAAUCAUCGACACAAUGUAUUCUGAAGAAAAACGUGAUGUCAUGUACACUCUUUUACUCAAAAUAAUAGAGACGGAAAUAUGCCUUGUAAUACGUGACGGUCUAGAUGAAUGGGUGGCUCCUGACGGUAGUAAUCUUGCUGAACCUUCUAUGGCGGGAUUUCCAAAGGACAAGUGCGCGGUUCUCACAACUUCUCGACCAUGGAAACUUGCUGAUGAGCGUAUCAAGAACUCAAGGAUCGACAUCCUCGUAGAGAUCGAGGGUAUUAGCGAUUCAUAUACAUUUAUUGAAAGAGUACUACGGUGCAUACUUGACAAGAGCAAGGAUCUUAUGACAACCGCGAUUGAAAUUGAGAGCUUCUUAGAGGAGCGUCGGCUGACCUGGUUAUCAAAUUCACCGAUGUUGUUCACACUUGUUAUUUGCAUGUGGGUGGACACUAUGGAGGAAGAGGAACAUUUGAACGGAUCUUCAUUGUGUGCAUUGUAUACUACUUUUCUUGAAAGCCUGUGUAAGAAGGCGAACGAUACAACUGGCUUUUUUAACGAUUUAAACCCUCCUCAUGUGAAGUGUUUUUCAAGAACAAGUUACCUUCGGCCUAUCAUUCAAAACGUAGAUGUCAUUUCAAAAGCUGCUUUUCAUCUUUUGUUUUCUCCUGAAAAGGAAAAGUCUAUUGUAUUCAACGAUCAGGAAUUGUCAAACUAUCUUACACCAUCUGAACAAGAGUUUGCUCUUAAAGCGGGACUGAUAUCAAAACGGAAAACCAAAAGAGCUUUAAAUUCGUCUAUCUCAUUUAUCCACAAAAGCAUGCAGGAAUUCCUGGCUGCUUAUCAUAUUGCCCACAAUGCACUUUUGAUUGAUGACGUCAUUUCUGGAUAUCUGGGAUGUCAUUCGGAUGCAUAUCUCGACAUAUCCCAGGUGUUCAUAUUCCUAUGUGGACUGAGCGUAUCGGCUGCCAAUACGCUAUCUGGCAUCAUAAAUGAACAUUAUAGUAAAAUAAUGGACGCGUGUUGUUGUACAAUUUUAGUUGAACAUUAUGCUUUUCAAAGAAUCAUAGUCGCAGGAUACAGAGAAGCUGUUUUAAAUGACCAUACUGGCAUUCUCCUCAGACUCAGUCACUUUGAUAUCUAUGGGAACAACUUAAUGGACAUUAACAACAUAUGGAGAGAAAACAAGUCCAAUGCCCUGUUUUUGAAAAUAAGUGUAAACGACAAAACGUAUCGUGCCAUACAUAGUUCAGCUACACACAGCGAGCCAACAUCGCAGGUUGAGUUUGACCUGUCAUCUUGCCGCAAUCUGAAAUGUUUGAUACUUGAGGGAAGCGGCAUACACGUGCAAGACUCGAUGUCACAGUCACUUUCAUCGCUCACUCAACUGGACACGCCUAGUAUUAAAUUGGAUGAUAACAUUCCCUAUCUGUGGGAGGCUCCCCAUGGUCUGAAUAUCAAGAGUCUGAAUCUUAGUAUUUGUCCCUGUCUGUGGCAGGCUCUCCAUGGUCUGAAUAUCAAGAGUCUGAGUCUUAGUAUUUGUGUGGUCAUAUCUUCUACAUACCGAUUUCAUUUUAAAAAGAGAGUCACGGGCUCGAAAAAGCUGGGAUGCACAGCCUCAAUAUUACUGAGGGAGUGCAUUAGAUUCCCAGAUUAUAAGCCUAAGAAAGAUAAUCAUUUCUGCCAGGAAGAGUGCUCGCAACAAAUGCGAAACGACUUACAGUCGGCAGUUUAUGACGAGGCUGCUAAUCUUAAAGUUCCCAUUGACGAUAGGAUGAUUUAUCAUAUCAAGCAUCUCGUAAAUGAAAACAUAACCCAACCAAGGGAGAUCCAGAGGAAUGUGAAGAUGUUGGUAAAGUCCAUCUUUGGCAGUAGACUGCCCAGUGACCUUAAUAGAAGGUUCUACCCCAGCAGGGAGGACAUACGGAAAAUAGUAUACAGGGAGAGGAUGAGGUUAAUGGACGUAAAACUGGACCAAGAGCUAUUAGCUGAGAAGGGUCUUGCUGACGCCAUUACCGAAGAGGAGUUUAACCAAAGAUUGAAGGACAUAACGGAAACAAACAUUACAAUGUCUCUUGGAUGGAGGAAAGCAGCUGAGCACGUGCCUGUCUCCCUUCAGCAUAGACCGUUUCAGCUGGUGCAGCAUAUGAAGGAUGUUGAGACUAAAGCGUUAUCAAUCACAGCUGAUUAUAUCACGCGUCUGGACGAGAUUUCAUUCAUUGUCAGAUCAGGUGCGAAAUCAAAAGAAUGUCUUGAGGGUGUAAGGGAAACAUUGAGUAGCGUAGUGGAACAGAUGACAGAAGCAUGUCCAAAGAGUGGUGGACUUUUGUUGGAGAAAACUGAAAGUAAGAGGCCUGGUAUGACUGAACUUCCGAAGCGCAAAAGACGCAAACAGGAUGCCGCCAAGACAGGUACGAUCAUGUUGAUCAUGUAG